UUUAUAUUAUAUUUGUAUUGGAUAAUGAGUGGGUACAUACAGGCAUCGGAACCCUUCCUAAGUGACAGAAAGGAUUUCUCUCCUCAUAUUGACCGAGACGUCCGACCAGCUGAUAUUCAAGAGAAAAUGAUUCAAGGAGGUGAUAACGAAAACAAUGUUCUUCAAAUGCAUGAUGUCACACAUGAACAGUUUGCAAAACUAAGUGAAGACUUUGGAAGCUUGAAAAAAUUGAUUAUGAUUUUGGUAGUUUCAAAUAUUAUACUUAUCUUUGUGUGUUCUGUCUCAGUUGUUUACCAAGAAUCGGAAUAUGCGAGUAAAACAGUAGAUCUCGUAUCAAACUCUGUGACAUCUGUUGAUGAAGUUAAAACAAUCAUACAGGAAAAUCUUGAAUUAAAUGAUUCUCUGAUUAAUGUGCAGAAGCAUAUUUUCUGUGCAUUGUGUGACACUAUGAGAGAUGUUGAGCCGUAUUUUUUCGAGUCCAAUAGAAACAACGAAUGUUGCAUAGGAAAUAUAUCAAAUCUGAUUCGACUUUUGCAUCAUACAUUUUUAAAGAACUUGAAUGAAUACAAUUCAAAAGUAGCAGGUCUAGAAACAAGUAUUGAAGAUGUGAAAGAAGACAUCGACAUUUUACAAACAUCUUUGUUCAGCUCAAACAAAAUAAAUUCGACAGAUAGAGCAAGUGAUGGUAUUCCUAAAGAGAGUACAAUGUGGGCUAAAAUACAGAAAAACAACAGACUGAUAAACGCUAUGCUGAAUCGCAGGCGUUCAGUAUUACACUUGUCAGGAACAGCUGAUACCACUAGAAUCCGUUGGACAGAAGAGGUGCAGUCAGGCGACUUGUCGCAUGAUGAGCAGGGCAUUCAUGUGAGAAGUGGAGGGAAAUAUUUUAUCUACAGCAACAUUCAUUUCUCGAAAAACGUCUGCGACGGAACAGAAAACUUCGGAUACAGAAUAGAUCAAAUAUACAGCGGGAGAGAAUUCAUACCAAUUGCUAGAGUGGAAAAAGUCUGUGCAACUGGCAGUAGCAUAGAUACAGGUUUACUCGUGCAAAGUGUGUUACAAGUUGGCCUUGGACAGCAUGGAACAUUCAGAAUUCAGUACGAUAGAAACAAUCAGGAGUUUAUAGCAAAAGGGAACAAACUGCAUAGCAUUAUUGUUUUUGAAAUUUGAAAUGUAGGACAAAAAUGUAUAUAUUUGAGAAACUGACGCUGAAGUGGAAAACAAUUUAUCAUUGCUUUCUUGUUUGAUGUUUAAUUAUAACUUACAAAGGAAUCUGAUUUUUGAAUAAUGUUUCAUUUUCGUAUUUAUACACCAUUUAUGAAAGCCAGUUUAUCUAAACUACAUAUAUCUCUAUACAAUUACAUGAAGCAUGUAUGACUGUGUCAUUACUGAUUGUAUAUCGUCGUAAUAACCAUACAAUAUCUAUACUUUUCUUCUAUAGAAUGCGUGAAUAUAGCUCUGUCUUUGAUUUUAGCGGUAAAAAUAUUGAUUGAUAAGAAACUGUUUUAUCACAAAACGUAAAUGUACAGUUUUCCCAAUACAAAACGACCAAACAUUAAAGAAAUGUCUUUCCGCUUCGUGUUUUUCACCGGACGAAACACUGGUAUAUUUUGCUUGAGAAAUUUCGUAAGUGUUAUCCCGAAAAAAAGGAGACAAAUUAAAUCACAAAAGAGAUUAGUUACAGCAAUAUUGUAUACGAUCACCAUCAAAUAUUUUGUUACUAGACUGUUAGAUAUUAAAUAUGACCGGCUUUGUUACCAUACUGAGUCUAUACAAUAAGGAUCAUAAUUAAACCUAUUUUAUAUUGCAUCCAAAACGAACAUUAUACACGAGAAUUGCAAAUGAUAUACACAUGUACUUCUUUUUCAUUUGGCAGAAGAGGAGUGUUUCCAUCGUGGCUGAUCCUUCAUUUCAGUCUGGCGUUUCACUUUUACUAGUAUUAAUACUGAAAAACAAGAUAUUUGAAUGAGAUACCCGUUAUGGUCGUUAAACAUAAUUUCCUAUUGUAUCAAUUAAAGGCACAACUACUAGUUUCUUUCAUCUAUCUACAUAAUUAUGCAAAAUUUACUGCAAUAGACUGUAUUAGUUCAGACAAGUUUUAUUUGUAAAAUGUUUUACUUGUUAUUUACCCCGCGACUCUUAUAAUGAAAGAGCAAAUAGCACCCCAGGGUGAGAUAGACAUGUCUUAGAUGCAACAGUGUUCUAUGAUUUAGACAGAAAAUCCAAUACAUUGUUAAUUAUUCGUUUUACAGUCUGAUUGGAGAUGCAAAGUGGCUUGUGUGACAAAGAUUAGUAAAAGGUAGGGGGCCAGAAACGUCUACCAUGCAUCCUCCUAGACUUUUUUCAUAGGUACCAAAUGGUUCAGCAGGACUAACUCUUUCAAAAUAAAAGAUGUUCCCAUGAAAAAAUCUUUUGAACUAUAUAUGAUUUCACUGUUUCCAUGGCAACCGUUCAUUUUUGAAAAGGACAACCAUACAGAUGAUAAUCAGUCAUAUCUUGGUCAGUUUUGGUAAUAAAACAAUAGAAAUAGUAUCAAAAUGGAAAUGGAGCUUAGUCAUUGACUUUUUAAAAAGUGUAUCUUUAUGUUAAUUAAUUAAUUGCAAAUUCAUGAGAAUGUUACAAAAUGACAAAAUUUUGUUAGAAAAUAACAUUUUCAAAGUUUUCAUUCAAUUUAAAUGUACCAAACAGUUCUGAAUUGGCCUUAAAGUCGCUCAGUUUUCUUAAAUAGUAUUUUGUAUCUCUGGUGGUAUUAGUUUUACUACAAAAUAUGUAUGUUUAGCUAAUUUGCAUAAAAAGAAACCAGUACCACAACCAAUGUCAUAGGAAACAAGAUAACACUACAACUGAAUAAAGUGGUAUAGUUAAUUGUUAUCAAUAAAAUAACAAUUAUGUGAGCUAUAUUGUUUUGGAAAUAUAGUUUGAACACAAUUUUGAAGGAGGAAUCAUAAUGUAACAUAUUUUACGCAUGUUACGUUACCAUUUAAAUAAUCUUGUUUUAUUGCAUCACUUAUUUAGAAUGUAGCAGACAGUUUUGAAACAAGAUAACACUACAACUGAAUAAAGUGGUAUAGUUAAUUGUUAUCAAUAAAAUAACAAUUAUGUGAGCUAUAUUUUUUUGGAAAUAUAGUUUAAACACAAUUUUGAAGGAGGAAUCAUAAUGUAACAUAUUUUACGCAUGUUACGUUACCAUUUAAAUAAUCUUGUUUUAUUGCAUCACUUAUUUAGAAUGUAGCAGACAGUUUUGAUCUUAUCUUAAAGUCUCUCAUUGUUUUUCUAAAAUAGUAUUUUAGUUACUUUGAAGGUAAAUAAUUUUUCCACAUUAGGUAAUUAAGCUCAUUUACAUAAAAUGAACCUAUGCAAACAAACAUCUCUGGAAACAAGAUAUUGCUAAAAUUGAACAUCAUAAUAAAAUAAACUGUGAUCAAUAAAAAGGUGAUUAUAUGAGAGGCAUCAUAUGAAAAUAUAGUGUAAAUACUUAUCUGAAGGAGGAAUCUGUUUGUAACAUAUUUUACACGUGUUACGUUACCUUUCCAGUAAACUUUGUUUUAUUGUGUCGUUAUUUUCUUAGAAAAUAGUAUAGUAAUAUUCUCAAGUUAUUAAAUACUUUUACAAAAUAUUGUAGCUCCAUAAGUCUCAAGCAGUGAUAUUGUCCCGUAACGACGCUUUAAAAUAUGUUACCAAUGUAUUUUGUUGUUUUUAGAAACAUGUAGGAAGAAAUUUAAAUCACUGUUAUCAUUAUUAUCAUAUCAUUGAUUUCUUUACAUUUUAAAGUAUUAUUUCUAACAUUUUUUCUUUUAUUGUUCACCAAGAAAUAACCUGAAAUAUUUAUUCCACACUCAAUGUUCGUUUCAUUUUGAAUUACUGUACAUGUGUCUCUCAGUUUAGCUAAUUAUGUUGUUCUUCUAUUUGAUGGUUUCAUUAUUGUCGUCUAUAAUGACGUUUUACAUCGAUUAUGUUUUUGUUUUUUUCUGUAUAUAUUCUGUAUAUAUCAAUUAUGUACAUAUCCCUGCACAAACACUGAUAUAGGGUUACGAUUUUGAGCUGCCUUCAUGGAACAUGCGUUUUCUUAAUGAGUGAUCGUGUAGUGUAUCUAUGCAGCCAUUUACGAGAAAUAAAGCAUUUUGUUUUUGAAAUUCA